CACACUUGAGAGUCUAGUUGUGACCCAUAUAGAGAGACAGCCAUUUUAACCAGACUAAAUGUAGUCGUCCUUAAGAGAAACUAGAUAAAAAUAAGCCAAAGGUGGGGUCAUGAACAUAGAGAUGCAAUUGAAGGCCGCAGAGGCAAGACGAAAUGAAUUGGAGAGGCAGCAUGCUGAGGCUCUUGCUGCGCUAAGAGGUUGUGGAGCAGAUACCUUAGAGGCUCACCAGUCGAGGGUACGUGAGCUUGAGAAGAAGGUCGCUCUUGAAACUGUGCGGUGUGAGGAGCUUCAGCUGGAGAUGUCGUCGCCGUCGAUGCGUCGAAACGGCGACGGUGUCGGUCACAUGACUUCAUCAUCCUACGGCGUUAGCUCUGGUCAAGCCGUGGGCUCCAGUGGCUGGACAAACAAAGGUACAGAAAUAGAAAGAAUAAUGGCUAAAAUAGAACAGGAUAACAGAAUUUUAGCUGAGUUAGAUCACAACCGAGCCACCACCAUGGUAUAUUCUUUUCCAGGACCAGGACUGGCAACGUCGGCUAGCAGCCACGCUUUGGGCGAGUGCAGUCCACCUCUGUCUCCAAUCACGAUGUCCCACACAACGCCCAGCAUAUACCCUGGCAACAUGGGUACCCACAAUUCGUUUCAGCCCUCCAGCCUUCAGUCCACCUAUCUACCAUCUAACGUACAACAGAAUGCGACCUCAAAUUACAACACCUCACCUUACAAUACUUAUCAGCAUUCCUCCUACUCUAAACCAAGCACUAUCAUGGGCAGCACCCUGACCCAUCACAAUACUUCGUUAGGCAACCCGCUAGGACAGACUUCUGCUGGUGUUCUUGGCAGUAACUUAACGUCCAACUUGCAGACGUCCAUUGGAGGCAAUUUUGGUGGAACAUCUUUAAACAGCGUUAGUCUCAACAUGGUACCCAGUAGUUACACUACCAGCACUUUAGGAAACACCAAUACAUUCAGUAAUCCCUUAGGUACCAGCAUAAAUACGGGUUUAACCAACUCCAGUUUCAACAACCCUAGUUUCACCAACCCGAUGUCCAACCCCCUUACACAAUUCUCUUCCUUGCCAUAUAAUCCAGCAACUACUUCUUCAUUUUCCAACAAUGUUACAUUCUCAAAUCCUCUGACGCAGUAUAAUAGCCUUCCUCUUUCUGGAGCCAUGAGCAUGAAACUCAAGCAGUUGGAAGAAACAGACUUGGCCAUGAGAAGAGUACCAACACCAGUAACUCCGCACAAUAACCCUACUUGGGGCCUCACCAGUACUCUGACGGGUAUGACGGAUACCAGACCCCGUGGCAUCUUAAACGAUGGCCUUGAUUCGGAUUGGUCAGGUGGUUUGCACGAUCGAGAUAGAAGUUUUCUUAACGGACACAAUGUUUCCAGCGAAGGACAAGUUGACAUGUUGGAUAUACCAGGAAAGGGAAGGUGUUCUGUGUACAUAGCAAGGUUUUCUUAUGAACCAGAACCAGAGGUGGAGGAAGAACUGGCCAUACAAGCUGGAGAUUACCUUCUUGUUUGGGGUGAGCCUGUAGGUCCUGGAGGGUUCUUAGAUGCAGAGUUGUUGGAUGGUAGGAGGGGUUUGGUACCAUCGCAUUUUGUUCAACGGUUGAUAGGUGAGGAUCUGCUUGAGUUUCACCAAGCAGUUCUAAGCACAUUGAGGGAGGAAGAGAUCAACCAAGAGAAUUUCGCUGCUGAUGUUCAAAGAUUAAACGAAAUAGCGGAGAUGUCAGAGAACCAAGAAGAUGAAGGUCCUGAAGGUGAGCAAGGCAAGAAUACCACAAGAUUACAACCAUAUGUACCAGCGCCCAGACAACUGACUUUAGAACGACAACUCAAUAAAAGCGUCUUGAUCAGUUGGACCACGCCUGAGAACAUCGGGCCCGGUAAUCAUAUAGAGAGCUACCACGUUUACGUUGACGGGGUACUCAAGGCAACAAUCAAGGCCACUGAGAGGACAAGAGCUUUAGUGGAAGGCGUCGACAGUAAUAAGCCUCAUCGAAUCAGCGUGAGAUCUGUAACAAUAAACCGAAGAACAUCUCGUGAUGCUGCCUGCACCAUGAUCAUAGGAAAGGACACUCACCAAUUGGGACCCAGUUCAGUUAGAGCGACUAAUAUAACCUCCACUUCGGCCAUUAUAAGUUGGCUGCCGGCAAAUUCUAAUCAUCAGCACGUAGUGUGUGUAAAUAAUGUAGAGGUGAGAACGGUGAAGCCAGGUGUAUAUCGUCAUACCAUAACUGGUCUCACCGCCAACACCCAGUAUAGAGUAACUGUGAGGGCAAAACACCAUAGGGCAGCUCAGAACAUUGCGAACUUGGCGGAAGAACUACCGAUGCCUGCUGCUGCUCAUACUGACUUCAGAACAUUGCCAAAAGGACUGCCGGACCCUCCUAGUGAAAUAAUGGUAGAACCAGGGCCUCAAGAUGGAACUUUAUUGGUAACUUGGCAUCCCAUUCAAGCACCUCACCACCCGGGAUCUAGUGUAACUGGCUAUGCUGUAUACGCAGAUGGUAAGAAGGUGACGGAUGUCGAUAGCCCAACAGGAGACCAUGCCCUCAUCGAUAUCAGCAAACUCUUAGGAUUGAAUCCAAAACAUGUAACAGUCAGGACUAAAGCAAGAGAUAGUCAAUCCGCCGAUUCCGUACCAACUGCCAUCCCUAUGAGUGUUCUAAGAGGAGGCGCGGUAAAGAAUAGACAACAGCCACAUUCAGCAGUUAUGCCACCCCAUAUAAGACAACAGAUGCCAAGACAACAACAGCAACAACAAGGUCAACAGGUUAUAGAACCAGAGGAGAACUUGAGCGAUAAGGAAAUCUUCCCAAACCAAAUGGGACACAGGCAACAAGGAGGAAUCCCUUCUAUUGCCCAACGUCCACUUACAGAAAUAACGAAAGAAAGCUAUGAAAGUAACAUGAGUGAAGACGAAUUACUAGAUAGGAGGAAUCAAAGGCAAUAUCAGCAGGGAAGGAAUCAACAACAGGGUCAGCAACAGCAACGAAGCCAGCAACAACAGCAGAGGAUGGACCAGCAAGGCCAGCAGCAAGGUCAAAAUCAACAACAAUAUUACCAGCAACAAGCUCAACAAAACCCAAGGCAGGUGAAUAGACGGGGUCAAAUGCAGCAAGGAGGUUCGAUGCCGCAGCAGGUUAACCAACAGAAUAACCCGAAUAAUCCACCAAAUCCCCAGAAGAGAGCUCGUUGGUUUUUCGCUCUUUUCGAUUAUGACCCUGCAACCAUGUCACCAAAUCCUGACGCUUGCGAUGAAGAGUUACCAUUCUCCGAAGGUGAUACAAUAAAAGUUUGGGGAGAUAAAGACGCUGACGGUUUUUAUUGGGGAGAAUGUAGAGGGAGAAGAGGCUACGUACCACACAAUAUGGUUAUGGAGGUAGAGGGACAACAAAAUAGGGAUAGAUGGGGAGAUAUAUAUGCAAACAUGCCUGUCAAGAGGAUGGUUGCCUUGUAUGACUAUGACCCUCAUGAAUUGAGCCCUAACGUUGAUGCAGAGCAGGUGGAACUGAGUUUCACAACGGGCCAAAUCAUCAACGUGUAUGGUGAUAUGGACGAUGACGGCUUCUACAUGGGUGAAAUCGACGGAGUUCGAGGUCUGGUACCGUCCAAUUUCUUGACGGAGGCUCCAGACCAAUACGGGGGGGGUCAGACCUCUCAGAGCGGUCAAGGGAGCUUGGGAAGGGGCCAAAGAAGUCAGCGGGCUAUAGGACCAGGAGCUCGAGGCCCUCCCCCGCCUCCUCGUGAUGCCCAAAUGCGUCCAUCAAGAAGCAAAGAUGCCUGUCCUACUGUGUUAUCCUCCUCUCAGUUAGACAAUGUCAACACCGCGUCAACACCGAACACAACACAGAUCUUCAAUGAGCACAACCAGGGGAGGGGGAGAGGAGUAAUGAAUCAAGGUGGUAAUCAACAGACACCGGUCACACAACAGCAACAACAGCAGUCAACAGCGUCCAGUAUAUUUAGCAGCAUAAUGGGAGUGGCGACGAACAAUCCCCCACAAAACCAGCAGCAGAACCAGCAGCAAAGUCAACAGCAGAAUCAGCAGCAGACGUAUAACCAGAAUCAGCAACAGGCUUAUAACCAGAAUCAGCAGUUUGGCCAACAAAAUCAGCCGAGACUGACGCAGAUGAAGGGCGUUCCGCAGGUGGUGCCUAACGUUAUUGGACCAGGCAAUGCUGGAAACAUCGGCAACAUGGCGAACCAGCAGAAUCAGCCGGGUGCUCCGAACUUGAUGCAAAAACUGAACGAAAUGACGGCCCCUGGUGGCGAUAUACUAUCGAAAGGCAAAGAACUGAUAUUUAUGAAGUUCGGUCUUGGCGGGAAAUAAUACACUCUUCAUGUAUCUUACGGUUUCAGCUGUUUUUGGAAGCAUUUCGUUGAAUCGUUAGGGCUACCGAAAAAUUCUUCUAUCUGGCAACGUCGCAUAAUCGAGAGAUCAAAUCCGAAACUUUGAAUUACUACAAAAACAAUCAAGAGAAUCAAAAAUACAUUACGAACCGAAUGAAAAAAAAAAUGAGAUUGGUAUAUACUUAUACAUAAGGGAAUGAAUACACAUGCGACAUAGCCAGACCAUGUGAUAUUUCAUCUUCAUUCUUCAUGAAAGAUGAGAAAAAUUAAUAUUAUGCAAUUUAUUGCCAAGUGUUCAAAAUAUUGCAAACAUUUGCAGCUUAUCAUUGUUGCUGUGUUGGAAUCAUAUCGAAUGGCGGCUUGAAAAUUCAGUAUUAACUAUAUUUACUAUAAGAUUUAUUGUUUUGAAAAUUGUUCAGUACAAACUUCGACCAAUCGACAUAGUAAUUCGGAUUUUAAUUUGCCAUCAAUAAAAUUUUUCAAGGAACGGAAAUUUUAGUUUUACUUUUCGGUUUCGUUGGAAAGAGGUGUAGACAUACAUAUUGUACAUAUUGUAUAUCGAAAUUAGCAGAAAGUUUUCAAAAACAGCUUUUUGGCACAACUUACUCUUAAAUUUGCUGAUGGGAUCUAUCGGAAAAUCUGGAAAAUUUUUCACAAAAUCUUCCCGAUUUUUCUGAUAUUUCGCGGACAUUUGUUGUGCCUUUCCAUUUGUAAAAACGCACAUCUAGUGUUUUCAUUUAUUGUUGAAUUUCCACGACGAAUAUACAGGCUAAUGGAAACACAAUUGAAAUAUUUUGAUUCGUCCAUUAUAUCAGAUCACACUGUAUAUCGGCGUCGUGAGUUAUGUUCGUGCCUUUGUUCUCAAUUUUGCUUUGGUAAUGCACAGGAUGACUCAUAUAUGUUGUCUGAAUUCACAUUUUUUUGGGACCUACAAAAUAGCUGAAAAUGUAAUGUUUUUUAUAAGGAUAUAAUUUUAUAUUCCCAGCAAGCACUAUAUUGAUGCGAUAGGAUUAAAAACCAGGAAGUACACAGUGUCAUUUUCCUUACUUAUUGUAUUUAUUUUUUACCGAGUCAUUGAAGACGCAAUCAGUCAUCAGACUACUAACUUGAGUCAUCGUGUUCGAAUAUAGUUGUGUUGAGCAUCAUCACUUUUUUUACCUCAUCUGUGCGUGUGCAAAAAUUCCAUUUAAUCAUUUUUUUUUAAACAGAAUGUUAUGAAGUUAUUAACAUCAUUCUGAUUGUUUUUGUACAGUUACUUGUAAGAUAUACAGAAUAUUAUAAAUAUAUGUCUGUUAACUGAACAAAUUAACAAAGAAAAAUAUCAUUGCAAAACCAAAAAUAUUUAAGUGCGAUUUUCUGUGAUAAAAUCGCACGAAAUGCCAUUCUUUUGUAAAUAUUUGGGAACUCACUUAUCCAAUAUAAUAUGCAGCUUAAAAGAUUUUUACGAAAAUGUUAGUUUUCAUCAAAACUCGACUGAUUUAUAGUUCAUCUGUCUAAAUAAUAUGAUUGGUAUCCCUGUUGCACUAUGAAAUCUUCUUAUAUUGAUGGUUCUCUUUAUGUUCAACUAUUAUGAACUUUUUUGUUGUGGUUUUUUUAAAAAAAGUAAGUAAUAAAAUUACAACUCUAUUGUAACGCCAUAUACAUAUAUCAUAAUGUUGCAUAACGUUCAAAUGAAAUUUAUCACAGAAGUCCUAAUUUUUACAGUAAUUUAAUUAACCCAAUCAAUUUCACAAAUUUCAAUUGCUGUUGAACUCUGGUGGGCUCCUCCAAUAUCUCCUGGACUUUCAGAGUUAGAUUAUAUUUGAUGUGCUGAAGACUGAUGUAAAUAAACAGGACAAUAUGAAUAUUUUUCCUUCAGAAAGAGUCAUUAUUCUAACUAGGUAAAGACAAAAAUUAAGUUGUGGUGAAUUGAUCUGCCAUGUUUUGCCUUUGGUAUUAUGAUCUCUAGUAUCUAAAUUGUACAAUUUCCUGUUCUCAAAUUCCAUGUUGGGACAUCUGCUAGUUUUUGUUCGAAAAUAUCAUAUUUUGGAAUUGCUUUCGAUCAAAAAAUUAAUAAUGUAUAUCAUUAUUUUUUUACCAAUUUUUGAUUCUACUACAUUUGUUGAGCAUAUUUUCUCGAUACAUAUAUUUGAAAUCCUCUGGAAAGCUCUUAAGAGUGUUUUCAAAAGUGGCUGCUGUCUAAAAUUGGUAUUUUUUUAUUGUUCCGAAUUUAGUUGGGAGAAAUAACUAAGGGACAAGCAUAUCUUUUGUAAUUGGUAGCCUGCCAUUGAUUCUUUUUACAGUAUAUUCAUAAAUUUCUGAAUUCUUGUAGACGAAAUUCCUGGACUUCAUUUGACCGUUUCAUGACAUUUUCGUAAAAAAAAUAAUCUACAGGUAUCGCUCAGCAAGACUUAAGUGUGCAAGAAUUUAGUGAGAGAACUCAUACUUGUGGGGUUGUGAGAAACACAUAUUCAUAUCAAUAUCAUCGUUAUAUUAUAAAUUAAGAUAUGAAUUUUUUUUCAUUUCGUUUUGUGGAAGCUUGUUGAAUACGUUUGGUGUAUAAUACACAAAUCUGUACCAAAGGAAAAAUAAUGAGUAAACAAAAUUUACAAGU